AUAAAUAUCGCGUUUGUUUAUAAAAAUAAAAAUGUUAUGAUCUCAAAAAACUUAUUAUAAAUCAGUUAUUCAGUCAGGUCCCACGUAUCCUAAUUUGUGAAAAGUCAUUAGGAACUAGAUACAAGCAGCAGUGCAAGCCUCUUACCUCAUGUAGAGAAAAUCUAAAAUUAGGUUAAUAUUAAAUUAUAUUACUUGACGAAUUCUUAAUGAAGGAGAAUAGCAUGAAAGAUGUUCUUGAUCAAACUGGAAUGUGUUUAAGUGAAACAUGUCCAUAACAAUAAACCUGGAAAUCGGGCACAAUGCCUCUCUGAGAACGAAAAUCACUCCGGAAGGGUUCACCCACGAUUGGGAGGUCUACGUAAAGGGCUGCAACGGAGCAGAGAUCCACUAUUACGUUGAAAAAGUAGUUUUCCACUUGCACGAAACUUUCCCUAAACCUAAAAGAGUUGUGAAGGAACCUCCUUAUUCGUUACGGACUUCGGGGUACGCAGGUUUCAAUUUACCUAUAGAAAUCUACCUGAGGAACAACCAGGAACCUAAGAAGAUUAGGUUCAAUUAUGACCUCGUGCUCCAACCUAAAGGGCUCCCGAUUCAUAACGUACAGAAAGAAAAGUUUGUUUUCCACUCGCCGUCUGAGGAAUUCCGAAGCAAACUACUGAAAGGAGGAGGAAUAGUGGGAUCACUGGGCUCGACCCAAGAUAUCGGCGACGGCAAGACGAUCGAUGAGAAAAACCAAAUGACCAGCAAACCGAAACUAGGCGGUGCUGAGCUGCCCAAGAAGCACAAGACCAAGCCCGAGGAGCCGAGAACCACGGACUUCCUCAACCUGUUUGGCACCCCCAUCACCAAAACCACCAGCAAGGCGCCCGAGCCCUCAAAACCCAAGGAGGUUCCUAAGAAUUUUCCGAAAUUAGACAAACCGGUCGAUAAGGAUAAAGUGAAGAUAAAAAACCCGUACAAGGAGAAGGAGAAGCCCAAGGAGAAGGACAAGUCUUCCGACGGUUCCGAGAAGAAGAAGGAGGAGAAGAAGAAAGCGAAGGAGGAGAAGAGUAAGGACAGGGACAGGGCGAAGGAGAAGAGCUCGAAGAAGGAUAAGGAGAGGGAGAAGUCGCCGGGUUCCAGACCGAGAAGCCCCAGCCCCAAAAGAUCGCCGAAGAGGCCGCCAAGCCCUCCGCCUCAAAAGCACAGCAGUUCCAAGGAGAAGGAGCAGUCCAAAGAUGAAAGAAAAGACAAGGAGAGGAAAGAGGAGAAAAAGAACAAAAAGGAGAAGAGAGAGCACAAGGAGAGCAAGCACAAAGACCGAGACAAGGACAAGGAGCACAAGGAACACAAGAGCAGGGAAAGCAAGUCCAGCAAGGACUCGUCCAGCGCCAGCUUGAAGGAGGAGGCCAAUCCGGCCCCCGUCAACGUCGCAGCUACGCAGCUUCAACAAAAGAGCGAGAAGAAGGAAAAAUCCAAAGAAUCCCUCAAGGAGCCCAAAGACGAGGAGAAGCCCCGUUCGGACAAGUCGGAGGACAAACAGAAACACAAACACAAGAAGAAAGACAGGAAGGAGAAGCGCGAGGACAAGUACUCGUCUAAGACGGAGAAGAAAUCGGAAAAACCGCCCCCGGUAGCGGCCCCGCCGGUCAAGGAAGAACCGAAAGAGCCCCCGCCGGUCUCCUCCAGUCGAGACACGGACAAGAGCAACCUGUUCGGCAGCCCGAAGAGCGAACCCCCCUCGACGCCCAACCAGGUCGAGCCCAAAGAGAAGUCGACGAACAACUUGUCGUACAAGGAGGAGGAGAUCUCGGACGAUUCCCUCAAAGUUAGCAGCCGGGAGUCUUCCCCGCAGAGGGUGCCGUCCGAGCCGCCGCCGGAGCCCGUGAAGAAGGCCGAGCCGGAGAAGAAGAAGGAGGAGUCGUCGAAGAAGAAGGACAAGAAGGAGAAAAAGAAGGAUAAGAAGAGCGACAGGGAUCACGAGAGGAGGAGGAAACGGAAGAGCCCCCAGACCCACCCGGAGGCGGAGCAGCCCCCGGAGAAGGUGUUGAAAGAGGAGGAGAACAACAAUUCGGACGACGAGCGGAAGGUUUCCAGCACCGAGGACGCAAAUCCUUUGCCUAAAAAUGAGGCGGAAGACUACAUGGGCAUGCUGCGCGACCUCCAGCACAAGAUAAUGGGCCUGAAGGACAACUCGGACCUGCAGAAGGUGGUGCAGCUGAUCGCCGAGACGGGGCGUUACGAGGUGUCGGCCCACACCUUCGAUUUCGACCUCUGCCUCUUGGACAGGUCGACGGUGAGGCAGCUGCAGGAUUUCUUCGCCUCCAUCUCUUAGUGUAGUUAGAGGGGGUGUUCGAACGGGGAGGAUAGUAUUUUUUACCGUAGGAACGAGCGGCGCAGGUCUUUGCGCCCGUCGUAGUUAUUGAAUUGUGGAAAGACGUGUGAGGAAUUACUCGGACGGCGGUUAAAUUGCUUAUAUCUCCGACUUCCGAAAGGACGCAGUUUUUCGGAAACGGGAAGUGUAUAAAGGGGGUAGUGCGUGUACAUAUAUCGUUGACGGGCUUUGAUCUCCAUUUCUUUUAGAUCUUGGAAAGUUUACGAUUGAUCUGUAAAAAGUUAGGAAUUUCACUCCGUACUCGUACAUUUUUUUUUUUUUUAUAUAAUUAAGCGCAAAACAUUUUCAGUGUACAUAAAAAAUUGACCCGUAACCAUUUCUAACGUAAAUUAUUUGACUUAGGAAUUAUAUUUAAAUAUUUAUUUAUUAGUUUUAUUCAGCGUGUGAGUGUGUGUGUAUAAAAAUGGGGAAUACCGUUGUCGUUUUUGUACAAAACGAUUUUCAUGACUAUUAAAUUGUUUUAAUUGCAAGUAAUUUUUUUUUCUCACCGUUAUCAACCAGCUUGUGGGUUCCGUUACGUCAGAUGUUGGCAUCCGAUCCCUUUCCAUGGCGUUUUUAGCAGCGGAAAGGUUUAAGGUCAAAGUCGGCGCUUCUGAUCAGAAGUGGGAUCGUUUCACGAUUUCUCGUUGUUGGGUCUUCGGUUUUACUCGAUGUGUAUGUGUACAAAAAUGGAAAUCGUUAUAAGAACGUAUCAUAUGUACAAAAAUCAUUCUCAUGACUAUUAAGGAGUUUUCAGCGAAGACUAAUUUGUUUUCACCAACAAUUAGCGAGGUUGUAGGUUUUGGUGCAUUUUUAACAGUCAAGUGUCAGUAGUUUGGCAGUUAAUCCCUUCGAUCCCUCUUAGCACCAAAAAUCAAAGUUAACGUUUCGGAUCAGAAGUGGGAUCAACGUUUUACGAUUUCUGGUGUUGGUUCUACUUGAUCUGUGUGUAAAAAUAAAUUCAUUAUAAGAAUUUUUUACUUGGGAAAUAUCAUCGUUUCUGUCUCAUAUUGUGUACAAGAUGAUUUUCGUAACUUCAACCGGUUUAAUUGUAUUAUUUUAAUUUUUUUGACCGGCCAGUUUUUGGUUUUGUUGCAUUUUUAACAGCCCACGUCUGAAGUCUGUUUUUAGCAGCGUUGAACUUAAAAGUCGAAGUUGGCUCUUCCGAUCAGAAGCGGGAUCAGCAUUGCACGAUUUCUCGUGUUGGGCCUUCAAUUUAUUCGAUAUUCGAUGUGUAAAAAUAAAAUUCAUUAUAUGAACUUUUGCGUGGGAAAUAUCGUUUUUGCAGCAUAUUUUUUAAAAUAACGCGAUUUUCAUGACAAACAGUUUGCUUCGCUAUUUUUUCCCAUUUAUAUUAGUCCGCCUAUGGGUUCUGUUGCAUUUUUAACGGACGUUCUAUGUCAGAAGUUGGCAUUCGAUGCUUUUAGCAGCAUCGAAUCUAAAAGUCAAAGAUGGCUGUUCCGAUCAGAAGCGGGAUCAGCAUUGCACGAUUUCUCGUGUUGGACCUUCAGUUUAUUCGAUAUUCGAUGUACAUUUAUAUAAAAAUAAAAUGCAUUAUAUGAAGUUUUACAUGGGAAAUAUCGUUUUUGUAGCAUAUUUUUUUAAAAACGCGAUUUUCAUGAUUGAAACGGCUUGCUUCGCUAUUUUUUCCCAUUUGUAUUAGUCCGCCUAAGGGUUCUGUUGCAUUUUUAAUGGUCAUUCUGUGUCGGAAGUGGGCAUUCGAUGCUUUUAGCAGCAUCAAAUCUAAAAGUCAAAGUUGGCUCUUCCGAUCAGAAGCGGGAUCAGCAGUGUACGAUUUUUCGUGCUGGACCUUCAGUUUUAUUCGAUAUUCGAUGUACAUAAAUAUAAUUCAUUAUAUGAAUUUUUAUGUGGGAAAUAUCGUAUUUGUAGCGUAUCUUUUAAAAAAAACGCGAUUUUCAUGACUGAAACGGUUUGCAUUGCCAUUUCUUUCAUUUGUAUUUGCCCGCCUAUGGGUUCUGUUGCAUUUUUAACAGUCGUGAAGGUCACAAGUUGCCAUUCGAUGCUUUUAGCAGCAUCGAAUCUAAAACUCAGAGUUGGCGCUUCGGAUCAGAAGUGGGAUGAACGUUUUAUUACGAAUCCUCGCAACGGGUGUUUAAUUCUAAAUUUAUUAGUAUUUACCCAAGACUAGGCCAGUUCUCCCAGCGCAAGCUUUCAGGAAUCUUAGGACUGACGUUACAACAAUUUUUUUUACGUUUAGUUAGCAUUGAUCGUUUUCUAACAAUUUACUCGGCCAGUAGGUAUCAACUUUGUGCUAUAUAUUUAAUAUUGUACGUAUUUAGGUGGUAUAUCAAAGAUCUGAAAGUAUUUACGAUUCAGUCUUCGGAGGGGGACAUAAGCAAUUUAAUCUCGAAUUGUACAGUGAUCACUAACAUUAGCGAUAAGUCUCCUUCGAUAUUUUUAACAGUCGUUUGACGAGGGCAGUGAAUAGUUUACCCCCAUUUUUUUUUUGUUGUUUAUUUGUACCUGGCUAGACGUACGAUUUGUGUUUUUCCCUUGAUAGAUAGACUUAAGCUAACUGUAGACGCAGCGGUGGCAUUUUUGAGUUUGCGAUGUCUCGAGGACACAUUGCUUUCGAUUAGGUGGAUAAU